AUGAUUGGACUUGUUAUUUUCUUUAUCUGUACUCUCUAUGUAUUGAUAGUCAUUGCAGAAGUGGUGACAUUUGACACUCAUGCACUAAGCAACAGAAAUUUAUUUUCAAAUUCAAGCUUGACUUUCCCCAUAUUCAUACGAACGAUGGCAUUUGUGAGCGUCAUACAAAUGUUUGCAAUUCCACAAAGUUAUGCGUUCAUUUCGGCAAUUACUAACAUGUUAAUCUCAAUGGCAUCAAUAGCUUUACUAUUUAGGACUCUUCCAUUUAAUAAGCGAUGGAUGAAUUCAGUGUUUUUUGGAUGGGCUUGGGGGCAGUGCGGAGCAAGCAUUGGUUCUCUAGUUACAUCUCUUUCUAAUUCUGGCAAUGAACAAGAAUUAGGAAUUGGAUUGGCCAUCUUGACAGUUGCAUUAAUUAUAAUUGGAGUAGUUUUUGGUGUGUUAUCCAUGGAGCUCUAUACUCGAUGGUUAUUGAAUGACCUCAUCAAGCGAAUAGCGAAGCAAGCAUUAAGCAUUGAUGGAGUCGAAGAAGCUUUAUCAAACACAAACGAAACAAAAAUACUACCGCGCCAUGCUCUAACAGAGGCCGUUUUUUGCAUUUAUCAACAAAUGAGCAAGAAUCAAAAUUUCAAAGCUUUAUGCUUGCUGUUUAAGUGCUCUCUUCAGGAUUUUCAAAAAGAGCUAAUCGUUGAUCAUGUCAGAUGCCUUUUCUCUGAUGUCGCUUUUUCAUUCGCGAAAGCCACUCUCCAAUACAAAUCGGAGGAGUCAAAUGUUAUAAUUGGAGCUUCUGAAACGUUUGCCUUCGCCAAGACCGACUCUAACACGCACACCCUUAGUGUGGAGCUUCUCAUGAAAUUACAAAGAUCAACCUUCAAUUUUGCGACAAUUCUUGCUUGUGCUAUCAAGAUCAAGGAGGUGCAAUCAAUUUCCGAUUCUUCUCAUCAUGAUUCAGCUGCCUCCAAAAAUUAUACCAGCGUUCAAAUCAUCAAAAGAAAUCGAGAACCAUUAUUAUCCUUAUAUAGAGAUUUUUGGAAAGAAAUGCUAAAUGAUCCAAUAAGCAUUUCCACACUCAUGAAAAUUUCAAAAAAGGUCAAUGACUUGGUCGAAGAAAGCCAAGCCAUAUUUAAUCAACUACUACGACACAAAACAAAAUCAACGUUGCAGCUCUACGCCUCGUUUGUUGAGCUUAUUUAUUUCGAUAAGGAACUGGCCAAUACUUUAUACCAGGAAGCGAACUCUAUUGAAGAUCAUCGAACUCCAAAACCUAUUUUUCAGUCUGUCAAAUACGCCAAACCUAAUAAGAUCAUUCCUUCAGAGAGCCAAGAACAGGUAUCAAUCCAUGAAGAUGAUGGAGCAUCCCACAUCUUCGAGGAAUGCCCUAGCGAAACAGCUCGUCCUGAGCUGAAGAAAGACUUUCUUUUUAGGAACGGUUUAAAAACUCCACGCUCAAACAGCUUGCUUCGAACUUUGUUUAUAAUUUAUGUCCUCUUGGGUGUAGGUCUAAUAUCGGGCAGCAUUGUAAUGUCUGGAUACCAAUUCACUUUUAUCAAGAGUAGCAUUAUGGAGCUGAGGACCAUUUGCACUCCGCAACUCGUCCCUGUUUCCGUGAUUCGUAAUUUGAGAAGCUUCCAAAACUGGCUUGCCUUGUUUGUUAUUGAUGACCAUCAGUGGCCAGAUUACAGAGAUGGAUACAAAUUUAUUCAAAAAAUGGAUUUUAUUGAUGAGCAUUUACAACUUUUGAAGGAAGAUUUACAAAUAUUGCACGAUCUAAUCAAACUAGGACAAGAGGUUGUUUUUGAUGCAGCGACGUAUACUGAGUAUGGAAAAAAAUUAUAUACCCUUAAUAUUCCUAGUGUGUACUCUGUAAAUGGAACUGAUCAUUGGAAGAGAAAUCAAUAUACAGGAACUCCUAGUUUAAGAAAUGCACCCAUUGUUGAAAUUACAAACUCUUUAAUUCGAUACAUUGAACUGGUUCGUGCUGAAUUCCCUGAACAAUGUGUGACCUAUGUCAAUCAAUCUUCACUAACUUUACAAGUUCAACAGCAGCUUAAAGCAAUUAUCGCAAACUCCACAUAUAUGAAUCCAGUUAACAAUUAUAAUUUUAUGUUUCUAUGGUUGAAUUCAAAAAACACAGACAAAAUUUAUGAAACAUUUUGCAAUAAUUAUAUUGAGAAACUACGAAAUCUUACACAGGAUCUGAUAUUACAGUCACAAUAUUACUUUAUUGCGUCGUUAUGCAUUUAUUUGAUCGUAUCACUGUUGUUUAUUGUUUACAUACAGUAUGAGCUGUCAUUUGUACCAAGAUUGAUGAAAGUGUUGAACAAACAUUUGCAGAAAGACAUUGUUGGAAAAAUAUAUCAAUCUGUGUCACAAAAAACAUACGUCGAAACAUCCUUAGAAAGAGCUGUGACGUCCAAAGCAAUGUCCUCUAAUAUCAUGUUAGUUCUUGUUGUUGCAUGCAUAGGCUUUCUAGUACCAUUUUGUAUUGGAAUGUUUUUUUUUGAGGCCAGACUGAAUGCAAAAUCUGCUCUAUUCACCUUCACCAAUGUUGGGUUGAGUGCGAACAUUAUUGGUUAUAUACAACAAUCAAGCUUUUUAAUGACCGAGAUGCUGACUUACUACGCAUUAGGAAGAGAGAGUUUCAGAUCAGAAACUACCACUCAAAUAGGUACAUUUUAUGGACAUCCAUACUUCAAGAAUCAUGACUUCCAAACACUGUACUCGACUGUUCUUUUAUCCUCUAAUAAUUUAUCAGAAAAUUGGAAUGAACUUAUUUAUGGAGAUGUCAAUAAGCCUGACGACGACCCAGUGAUAGGCCUUUAUUCAGAUCUUGACCAAUUAUUGAAAGGUCAAGGCAAUUGUUCUAGCUAUUUAGAGCAAUACAACAUUGAAAUGAACGCUCAAAAUGUACUUGAAUACUGUUUAGGUAUUGAAAAGGUGGUAACAGAUUAUUUAACUCAAAUAACUCAAAUUAGCGAAGCCACAAGGGACUUUCUUUUGUUUGAAACCAAUACAACCUCUACCUCUGUGGACUUGAAUUUAUACAUGCGCCACAAUGAUUUGUUUCGUCUCACUAUUCCAAUGAACAGGAAACUUCAAGUUUACAUGCAAAAUUUUGUAAGAUCUAGCGUUGAAUUGCACGAUUCAAUCUUAGUUUCAUUAAGCGUGAUUGGAUUUAUAUUAUUGGUAGGAUGUAGUGUUUUGUUACAGAAAAUGAUUACAAAUCACUCCAAUAUUCUUCAAAAAACAAGAAUGAUGCUUAAUCAUGUUCCUGUUGAUGUGUUAGAUAGAGAUGACGUUUUAAGAAAUUUAGCACUAUAUAAUGCAUACCCAAAUAUUAUAACAGAGAAGAUCAAAUCAACAACUUUGAAUAAUUUAUCUGCUUCUACUACAGCAUCAAGCAUUUCUAAUUUAAUAAGCUCACAUGUAUAUGGUACUAUAAUACUUAAUUCAAAGGGAGAGAUUGAAAUCUUUAACUCAGCUGCUCAUAGGUGUUUUGGUUCGAAACCCGUCGACGUUUUAGGACUUCAGUUUUAUAAGCUUAUUGAUCCGAUCUCUGAAGAAAAGGUAAAAAAGACGAUAGAUUCCAUUUAUUCGAGCGCUGUUAAAUCUGAAAAAGCAGGAGACUCUUCGACAUCAACUUUGAACGAGACUCUUGAGAAUGUACAGUGUAUUCGAGUGAACCUGACAAAAUUUCCGGCCUGUUUGUCAAUUUUUUCGACAAAAUUUGUCGAUAAGGGUAUUGUGAUUGUAAUUGUUAUCAGAGAUAUUACUUCAGAGUUAAAACAACAAAUAUUAUUAGCAGAAGAAAAGAAAACAUCUGAAAAUCUCUUGAAAAACAUUUUGCCUGACGCGGUCGCCAAUCGGUUAAAGAAAGGGGAGACCUUUAUUUGUGAGAAAUUCUCUGACAUUACUUGCUUUUUCAGUGACAUGGUGGGAUUUACAAAAAUUAGUAGCAAAAUGAUUGCCACUGAUUUGGUAAUAAUGCUUAAUUUUAUUGUCAAUGGAUUUGAUGCUCUCACUGAAAAGUAUAACAUUGAGAAAAUCAAAACGAUUGGAGAUGCUUAUUUUUGUGUUGCAGGCUUGCAUGGGGACUCAUCUGAUCAUCCAGAACGAAUGCUUCGCAUGGCUAUAGAAACAUUCCAUGUUGUGCAGCAAUUUAAUCAAGGACAAUCACAAAUUGGCCAACCUCUCGAUUUAAUCAAUAUUCGAAUUGGUUUAAAUAACGGUGGAGUGAUCGCAGGUGUUAUAGGAACAAAGAAGUUUGCUUAUGAUCUUUGGGGAGAUACUAUUAAUGUUGCUUCACGGAUGGAAUCCACAUCACUACCAGGAAGAAUUCAGGUAUCAAGGUCAACCUAUGAGAGGAUUUAUGAUCUUGGCUUUGAUUUUGAAGAGAGACAAAUCGAAGUGAAAGGAAAAGGAAUGACACAGUGCUAUUUGUUGCAUCAGUCUCAUCAUGUGGACCCAUUGACACCCUUAAAAACUCACGUUUUUGUAGAGAUGGACGAAGAUUCUAGUCCUGCAACGACAUCGAUGAACAAUGCUCCCAUAUCGCUCAUUGCAACUUCGAUGGAGGACAAUUAA